CAUUUUUAUCCGCAAUCAGCAAAAGAAUAACAUUUUACCUACCAAUCUUGACGCAGUUGGACGCCGUGACCGUUUUACGGCGUGCGAAGGUUCUCAAUCUCUACGAACGUAUGUAAAAAGUGCAAACAUAGGAAAUAAAGCAAGGGACGCAGAAGCGCGUCAAUUUUGUGCCGAAGGACUAUACGCUGCGUUGUGCUGUGCAAUUGCAAAAUUCCGAGUGUGCAUUUCCUAGUACUAAAAGAAAUCGUUCGAAAGUAGGUUUACACUCUUACUCGGUCAAAAAUGGCUCUCGGUGUGGAAGCGAAUCGAAUGUAGUGGGUAUCGAAGUGGAUUGCUUCGUCUUGGAAAGCAACCGUGCGGAGGGUUCCGUUUUGGGUCGAGAGAGACAGAGCGAGAGCAUCGUGCAGAGUAAAACAAAGAGUUUGACAACAUCCGGUAGCGCGGUUCGCUUGACUGUCCGGUAAACAUCCCGAACGUUCUUUCGGGGUAAGCGGUAUGGGCGACAUAACGUACCCGUCGGGAUGCCGGCCAAUUAAUGAAGAUCUGGGACAGGAUGAGUUGAUCCGCCGGCUGAAGACGCUAACCCACACACUGCAAGCGAUGGGUCAGGAUGAGGACGGUAUGUACACGCAGUACAUCCCGCUGGCUGUCCAUCUGGCGGACGACUUCUUCCUGCAGCACCCGUCCCGGGAUGUUCAACUGUUGAUAGCCUGCUGCAUCGCGGAUGUGCUGCGUGUGUAUGCGCCGGAAGCACCGUACAAGGACCAGGAUCAAAUCAAAGGAAUUUUCAUGUUCCUGAUUCGACAGCUAAAUGGAUUGCGCGAUCCAAAAGACCCAGCGUUCAAGCGUUACUUCUAUCUGCUCGAGAAUCUGGCGUACGUGAAGUCAUUCAACAUGUGCUUCGAGCUGGAGGACUGCCAGGAGGUGUUCUGUACGCUGUUUAGCUUAAUGUUCAAAAUUGUCAAUGACGAACACAGCCCUAAGGUAAAAUCAUUUAUGUUGGAUGUGCUGGCACCGCUCAUAACCGAAUCCGAUUCGGUAUCCUACGAUCUCCUCGAUCUGAUCUACAUCAACAUUGUCGAACCUUUGCGAACGCAGAAACGGAAUGCCUACGAGCUGGCCAAGGAGCUCAUUAUCAAGACAUCCAACUGGCUCGAAGCGUACACGCAGGCCUUCUUUAAUCAGAUUCUGAUACUGGACAAGAAUGAAAAACAGUACCAGAUUGUACCGAAGAUUUACGACGUGAUCUACGAGCUGAACGUAAUCACACCGAGCAUUCUGCUGUCCGUAUUGCCACAGUUGGAGUGUAAGCUCAAAUCAACCCACGAAGCAGAACGGCUGAAAGCCGUCUCGACAUUGGCGCGCAUGUUCUCCGAACCCGGUUCCACACUCGCGCGACAGUAUGGACCACUUUGGAAACAAUUUCUCGGUCGGUUUUACGACAUCGCAGUGCCGAUCCGCAUCAAGUGCGUGCAGAGCACGAUGCAUUUCCUGAUCAAUCAUCCCAGCCUGCGGAAGGACAUCAUCGAUACGCUACGCAUCAGGCAGCACGAUUCGGAUGAAACCGUGCGCUACGAAGUGGUAAUGGCGAUCGUCGAAACGGCAAAGCGCGAUCUGCAGAUCGUGUCCGAAUCGGAGGAUCUGCUAGAAUUCGUCAAGGAGCGUACGCUCGACAAGAAGUACAAGAUACGGAAGGAGGCGAUGAAUGGACUGGCUAUGAUCUACAAGAAGUACCUCAGUGAUACGAAUGUACCGUUGGCGACGAAGAAGGCCGUUAUCUGGAUUAAGGACAAAAUUUUGCACGGCUACUACAUGACGGGGGUCGAAGAUCGCCUGCUGGUGGAGCGUUUGCUGAUAACGUGUCUCGUGCCGUACCAGCUACCGGCGGAAGAGCGUAUGAAGAAGCUUUACCAGCUGCUCGGUACGAUCGACGAUAAUGCAACCAAAGCGUUCAUAGAGCUGCAGAAGAAUCAGCUCAAGGUGCGUCGCAGUGUCGCCGAUUGGAUCAAGCUGCACCGGCUGAAGGAUCUUACACCGAGCGUGAUGAAGGAGAUGAACGUGAAGUGUUCGAACAUUGCCAAACAGCUGCCAGAUCCGGUAAAGGCACAGGAGUUCCUGCUCAAGUUCUCUGCCCAGAUGCGCAAGGACCCGAAACUGAUCGUGGAGAUGGAGACGAUCCUGAAGCGUGAUGUGUCGUGCAAGGAGUGCGCUGACACGAUGGCGAUCGUGCUGAAGAAGCUCGGCCAACCGAUUAUGACCAAUACGUAUUACAAUACGGUAAAAAUGCUGCUCGAACGAAUUGCCUCGGUGAUGGUGGACAAACAAUCGAUCGGUGUGCUGAUCGAGCUGAUCCAGGAGUGCAUGAAUGGUGGAAAGGAAGUGAUCGAAGAAGUGAGCCUCCCGACGGAUUCGGCUGGUGAGCGUGGUCUCAAGCUGCUAACCGUGCUUGCGUACGUGUUUUCGGCACAUUUUCAACACGACGAAAUUCUUCGGCACAUGAUCGGACUGCUGUCGUUCGACGAACCAUACGUAGCACCUUACGUGUUGAAAGCGUUCACGUACCUUGGCCGGUACAAGGCACUGAUUGAAUCGCAUCCGGCCAUCCUGAAGGAGCUGGCACCGCUGUGCAAAGAGUUUGCGAUUGCCGGUACGCCGAAGCAAGCGAAACACGCCAUCCGGUGUAUGUUCGUUAAUACUCAAACGGGUAGCGGUGUAGGCGUGGGUGAUCCGUUAUCGAUGGGCGCAUCCACUUCGGAUUACGCCGGCAUCGACAUCUUCCCGGACAUUGUCGAAGGCAUGAAGCAAACGUUGCACCCGCAGAGCGAACACUACCGCACGGCGAUCGUCACACUAGGUCACAUCGCUUACAAUCUGCCGGAGAAGUUUCACGUGCAGAUCAAAAACAUUAUCUCGCGCAAGAUCGUAAAGGAGCUGCUGGUGAAGGAAACGUCGGACGGGCGCUCGAACGUACCGACCAAGGACUGGUGCGACGAGCAGGACCUGCCGGAAGAGACUCGCUGCAAGGUGGAGGGCCUGAAAACGAUGGCACGCUGGCUGCUGGGGCUGAAGAAGGAUGUGGUAUCGGCACAAAAAACGUUCCGCAUGCUGAACGCGUUCAUCAGCAAGAAGGGCGAUCUCCUCGAGCAGGGUGGUGCACUAUCGGCGGCGGAAAAGUCGUGGCUGCGUCUCAGUGCCGGUAAGGCAAUGUUGAAGAUCUGCGAGCAGAAGGGUGUAGGCGAUCAGUUCAUAGCCGAACAAUUCUACAAUCUAUCGCAAUUGAUGACCGAUCCAGUGCCGGAGGUACGCGAUACGUUCGUCAAGAAGCUACACAAAGGCCUGAGCAAAGGUAUCCCGCACAAGUGCCUUCCGCUUGAUUUUAUGGGCUAUUAUGCGCUCGGCGGAAGAGAAACGGAUCAAAAUUUGUUCAAUCAAAUCAAAUCUAACAUAGAGACAGACGUGAACAGACGCCGAGAAUAUGUGAAAAACUUUACUACAGUUGAGCGUGGCAUGAGCCAAUUGCCGCACAUCCUACCAGACUACAUGCUUGUGUUUGCCGUGACGGUUCUGACACACGAUCCGCAGUUUACUCGUCCAUCGGAUCCGGCACAACUGAGGCAAAUCGAAAGAUGUCUCUGGCUAGUGCUGGAACCGCUUGUCAUGAACAAGGAGUUCUUCUGUUUCAGCUUCUACAAAAAUCUGCUCGAGCGUAUCAAACACCACAAGGACGCUCUCGAACCGGACGCCGAGGAAAUAAAUCAUAAACUGUGGGCUAUAUGUGAUGUCGCCAUGGGGCUUAUACUCACCCGGUUAACGUUUUACGAUUUGCGCGAGGCUCCUGCCGAGGCACGCAUACCCUCGAUGUACUUCCAGUCACAGCCGGAAGAUUUCCAUAACACGCGCUACUACAUUCCCGACGACAUGUACAACCUAAUGGACAGGGGUGGCCGCAGCGGUGCUCUCCCCUCCGGCUCGAAGGCUGGCGCUACCGGACCUAAAACCAAACCAGCGGCUUCCUCCUCCACUACAACAUCCUGCCCACCGUCGUCCUCGUCGGCGGUGACCAUACCAGUUACAUCAAGUUCUGCCUCAUCAACUGCGGAACGGAACAAACUUAAGACAAAAAAUAAUCGUCAACCAGCGCACGAUGACGACGAACAAAAUGGCGAGGACGAGGAUGAUGAUACCGGACCACCACCUUCCAAGCGAACUCACAAAGGAGUUGAUGGGACAAGCGUGUAAUCGUCGUUGGUGCAUUGUGCGCCACCUUCAUUCGAUUUUUUUUCUCGCUGCUGCCGCUGUUCUUCGUGUUGUAAGAGAGAUUCAUUUGUGUUUAAGUUAUUUAUGUACAGUACUAUACAGUGACUAGCGAUAAAACUUAGAGUUGCGGAAGAAGUUUGUACGCUUCGAUCAAUAUUUUUUAGUGCAGUGAGCUCUGAUAACAUUUAGCCUUGAUCGAAAACGGAAGAUAGCAUUGACUUGCACAAGGAAAAACUCGCUGGAAAACUUAUAUAAGACAAGCAUGAAUGAUGGCCUUUUCGAUCAUUAUACCUAUGACGUUGCGUAUUGCCAAUACUUUUUUGACGAAAAUUACAAACGCCGGUAGAUGCAGUACUGAAGGUAGCAGAAUGCAAAGCAGGACCGUAGUCGAGGACACCAACUCUACAGAUACUCAAUACCCCGGCUUACCUUUAUUUUUACUUUUACUUGAAGUUCCAUGCUACAAACGGAAGAGAGUUUACAUAUUGAACACCGCAAAGGAGUAAAACAGAAGAUGAUGAAUGUUUACCGAUGUAAGACGAAGCUUAAUGUUAACAUGCGCGAGUAUAUGAAUAAAAACCACACGUAGCUGUAAUGACGCUGAACUAGGACUGAUGCGGAUCUGUUUAUAUGAAGUACGAUGG